AUGCCAUCGACAAUGGAGAAUUUUUGGGUAAUGUUCCAACCUUUCUAUUACAUGGGUAUAAUUCGGAAUACUCAAUUUGUACUUUAUAUGGAUCUUAUUCGUAAUGAAAUUGAAUUUUUGGAUUUGGAAUUGAGUGUUUUGGUGGAGUUUACUUGCUGGGAAAAACCAAAUAGAUCCUUUCCACAAUUUAACGAAUUUAUACGCAGACGUAUUGUGGAACAACAAAAAGUUUAUGGUACGAUAUUUGAAAUGUCGCAAAGUUUUCAAACAGCUUGUAAUUGGUCGAUGGUGAUGCAUUUGUUUAGGGGAUACACACGAGUUGUAGUAGAUUCUUACUUUGCUAUUUGGUCGUUUAUGGCUAAAACUGAUCCAAUAGACAGAAAUAUGACUGCUCUUCAGUUCUAA